AUGACUGAUGAUCCAACAGCGCCGUUGGUGUGUCAGGCUUGGGAGGCCAAAGUGGCUAGCCGCGGGGUGCUAGAUGGGUUCGUGUUCACCUCACCAAACAUGGAGUUCGUUCCCGAGUACCCUGUGUUUCGGGAGGUCAUCACUACAUACGAGGAUGGCCGAUGGGGUGUGCACGAAUACUCACGAUGGCCCCAGCCUUAUGUGGAAGGCAUGCACCACAUCGCCUGUAUCCCACGCCAGCCAAACCUCCCACAUCUGCCCCGAGUGUUGUUCAAGUCUCUCUACCCGAAGCACGACUGGGCCGAGAGAACCGAGUGUCACGGACGUCUAGGCUUCAUCAGCAAGGCCACCCGCGCUGCGUUGUCUGAAUGUGCGCGUGUCGCCAUCGAACGAUUCCAGUCCAUGGCAGCGGUCCGUAGCGACAUACGUCGCUACGGAAAUUUCCUAGUAAUGAUGCUCCGCCAGGUGGUAGACAGGAUGAACUACGUGGCCUCACACCCUCGGACGGCGAUUGCUGUCGCCGCACACGUGCAGCGCAUAUGUCUGGAGUUAGCAGGCCUGAAGACUUACGCGGAGGAGGUGGCACCUCGCCUGGAGGACACGAAGGAUUGGAGCACCUCUCGGUUGCCAGUCCUAGGCGGCUUUGUGCGCGACCUACCUGAUGCCCAAACUUGGUGCCGUGUCGGGCUACCCGUGUGGCUUAUUCAACCUAUCAGCCCGGACCUCGUGGUAUGGCAGGCUGUGGAUACGGAAGGCUUACCCGGCGACAUGUCGAAGUCUCCAUGCAGCCCUCCAAUCUUGCACAAGGCGGGCACUUUCGUUGGGGCCCCCAACGUUACGGGGAAUUGGCUCACGGGGAUGUUGAUGUCGGUGUCCAAACACGUUGGUGGGUGUCAUCUGGAUGGGCUGCACCUCGCCGCCGUACCACACCUCCCUGAUGGGCCUCCUGACAACAAACGAGCUCGCGUGGAGAGCAAGAACGACAAGCCUUUGACCAUGCGGCCGGCUAUCAGCGCGGACGAUGGGUCGACGUCCAAGAAGAAGAAGACUCGCAGAGGGCGCAAGAUAUCCAAGGGCAUGAAAGAGGAGGCGCCGAACGCGAAGGAGGCCUCUGCGGAGUCGAGUGGCGCCUCCUAUCCAUCAUCUGCCGUCCCGAAGCCCUGGGUCCUUGCCUUGAGCGCGACCUCCCCGCUGAAGGAGAUGCCGAACUCGGCGUUGUACUUCUACCCGCCUCCCUUCCUACUCGAUACGAUUUCGUCAGUGGCCGGCCUGUUUCCAAACUGCCCACACCCUGAUCGCGCACGCAUUGACGAAAAAGCCCACCGCUACCUUCACAACCUGGCCCGGAUCCGGGAGUUUUGCCGCACACGCCUCUUUGACGAAUCCAUGGGCAACCGACCGCUAUCGAUCGGCGAGUGGCGUUCAGCCCUGUUUGGAGACUAUGCACCGAGGACGCACCGCCCGAAAGGCCCAGAAACGAGUGAGGUGCGCCGGGAGAUCCGUCGUCAAAACGAACGCAACGAGAUCAGCGCCCUCUUCCACCAAGUGGGCCACAUAGAGUCGUAUACCCCCGACAUAUGCGUUGCCCUCAGGGGCAUGACAGUCGACGUCGAAUCUAUUGCCGUGAACCCGGAGAUCAGAGCCACCCUACUUUGGGAGGCUCACGAGCUCAACUUCCGUGCGGACAUCUGCGCCCUCGAUCGUCUCCAAGUGGACACCUCGAACUGGUCCGAUCGUUUCCAAUGGGAGCGCGAGAUGCUCCUUUCUGGAAUCUGGGGCGAGCCAUCGUCAGGGGUCUCGGUUUUGCCAUCUUUAGAUUCUGUUAGGGAAUUCUGCUGGUAUGCGCCACCGGACGAGCGUUGGCGCAGCUGCCGCCGUUAUCUGCUCGCCUUCAUCCAAGUCCUCUGUCGUUGGCGUGGCUGUCCUGAAGUGCUGCUAGAAGCACGGAGGUCUUCGGGGGAGAUGCUAGCAGCACAAUAUGUCCAGCUCCAACAAUGUGCGGCGGACUUCUACGUGCGCUCUUUCAUUCGUGACUUUGCCCGGUUGCCUGUCCCGCCCAUCCCUUACCCGUUGUAG